CGGAAAAUGGUAAGAACGGCGAGUUUCCUAAAUCGACGUACCCUGAGGUGCGCACGCUUACGGCGGAGUAGCGAUAAAAGUCGCGAGUAGUAUAGGAGCCUUGACCUGAGGUGCACUAUAGUCGCAGUCGUUCAGCAUGCUCCGGUGGUGGUUCCACGGGACCAAAUAGUAGGAAGGAGGAAAUCGAAGGACUGCACCCGACUUUUGGGAACGUGGUUUCUGUCUAGACGUCCGACAUGUUUGGGGAAGUACUAGGUUUCUUCAGUCUCCGUAGCUUGCGAGUGCGACACUAUUGUAAUUCCCAUUUUUCAUGGUUCUCCGUACCGCCGCUUUCAGUCCAAUCGUAAUUCGCCAACAGCAGCAUAACUAGCUCUGCUGCUCGCCUUGCGAAAUCACGAACAAGGUUACCGCACAAUAGUUCAGAUUAUCCUUCGCGAGCAAGACGGCGGCCGCCAUGGCGUACGUGGGGGGGUUGUCGGGCGACUCGUGGCUGGAGUCGCCGGGGCCGGGCGAGCGCGUGUGCCGCAGCCAUUGGAUGCCCAACGGCGCGAUCACGCGGUGCACGAACCCCGAUUGCAACCGCGAGUUCACCCGGAAAGAACGCAAGCACCACUGCCGGUGUUGCGGGAACGUGUACUGCGUCGACUGCACGCAGUGCGUAUUGCCGCUCAACCCGCACACCGCGAUGAUCGAGGAGGGCGGAGAAGCAUCUAAAGCCUGCGUUUUGUGUUACGAGCGAGCGGUCGAAGAUGGUUACCAUCUUGGCCGUUUCGUCCACAGCGGAUCGUCCAGCUCGCUGGAAGCCGACGACGACGCAGGCGACGUCUGCGACGACGAAGGCACGGCCAGCCACCCGCCCUCCGACUCGGAUCCGGACGGCAUGGGCGACGCGGCGAGCGAUGCUGGCGACGGUGGCGAAAGCAUGCGGGCAGACUCGACGGACGCCGGGCAGGACUCCGACCCCGAGGAGGGUUUCGCGUCCCGGUACCGGCGAAUGCUCACGGCGCGCCUCGACAAUCCCAAUGCCGCCAAGAGCAAGGGGUUUGAAGGUCGGAGGGUCGGCGACGAAGGUCGAAGGGUCGGCGACGAAGGUCGGAGGUUCGGCGACGAAGGUCGGAGCUGGAGGGACGGAAAUCGCGGGGGGAGCGGGAACUGGGAUCAGUUCACGCGCGACGGCAGCCCGAAUCGCAGUGCUGCUAGCAGCGCCGCUAGCAGCGUAAAUGGCGGGAGCCCGCGGGACGCGGAUUUCGGCAAGAGCUGGACGUUAGGGUCCGCGGAUAAGCUAGCUGCUCGCGAGUAUAGUCGCCUUUCCAGCCGCGGGGGUGGCACUAGCAGUGCGACUAAUAGUAGGUCCCUUGGUAACAGCGUUACUAGUACCGGUAGUAGGUAUCCGGGUAGCAGCGAAGCGGGUGAGCGGGGAGGUUAUGGUGCUGUGGCUGGGGGCAGGUAUGGUCGGGUUGGUGAGUCGGUGCGUGCGAGUGAGAGGCACAAGGGAGAGACAGCACCUCAAGGAUAUGGCUCCCGGAUUGGAAGCAGCAUGGGGAGGAGUGGUUCAGGAAGCAAGACGAGGAGAGACAGCUGGGAGGGGGAAGCGGACUCGGAUUCCCCCUCCGAGAUCGCCUAUGGCAGGAGCAGGACGCUCGACGCCUGUGAUAAGGCUGCGGCUAGAAGCCGCGGGAGCCAGAGACCGAUCAGUAUUGGUAUACUGAGUGCCGGCAGCGGCAGCGGCAGCGGCAGCGGCAGCGGCAGCGGCAGCGGGAGUGUGGCUCGGACUAGCAAUGAUGUUGGGGAUGGGAGCGGUGCGUUCGGCAUGGGGUUUGCGACCGGGUUUGGGAAGAGCAGAACGCUUGACAGCACCGACAAGGACGCGAUACGGAGAAGGCAGUCGUAUCUCAGCAGCGGCGGAUCCAACUCCGCAAGCACCCGCAUGAGCUCUGCUGCUGCUGCUGCUGCUGCCGCCGCUGCUACCGGUGGUGGUGCUGGUGGUAGUGCCGCUGCUGCUGGUGCUGCUGGUGGCGCUGGUGCUGCAGGUGCUGCGGGCGGUGGGUCACGGCGCACGCUGCGGCGGACGAAGAGCGGGACGCGGCACAUGUCCAUGGAUCAGAUCGCGUUCUCGCUGCUGCAAGAGCCCUCCGACCCCAACCAUGUCUCGCUGCUGCCCUGCCCCUCCGCCCCAUACCCACCCCUCGCCCCCAGUGGUACCAGUGCUGCUAGGUCCGGGAUUGGCCUGCCCCCGCGCAAGGACCCCAAGCCCCGGGGAUCACAGCAGCACCAGCAGCAGCACCAGCAGCAUUUGCUGCCACACCAGCAGAACCACCCGCACCACCAGCAGGAUCAGCAGCAGCAGAACCAGCAGAAGCCGCCUCAGCCGUCAGCCGCAGCAGCAGCAGCAGGCAUGGCAGCACGGCUCCAGCACCGGCACUCCAUGUACUCCCUCUUUGCCCCUGGCGCCACCCCGCUCACUCCCUCACCCCGUCGCGCCCCACCUCUCACUCCCACACUCGCUCUGAGUCGCGCCAGCAGCAGCGUCAACCCCAUCUCCAUCGCCCUCCUUCCGUCCUCCUCCCCUGACGGCUCUCCUCUGCCUGUCCGCCCCUCUGCUGCCAGCAGCCGCUCUGCUUCCCCCCUUCGAUCGUCCCGCUCUUUCCAGCGCCUGCAAGCCGCAGCAGCAGCAGCAGCAGCAGCGGCAGCAGGCGUCGACGCAACAGCAGACGAGACAGCAGCAGCAGAUGCGGCGGCUGCAGCAGCGGCAGCAGCAGAGACAGCGGAGGCCGAUGCAGCAGCAGCGGCACACAGAGAGGCACUGUAUAGGGAGCUAGCAGCGCCGUCGGUGCUGCGGGAGCAGCCAGCCACACGUGUGAGCAGCGCGGGAAGCAGCGUGAACCUUGAGGAGCUGCUGGCUUCGUGGGAAAAGGGGGUCAGCUUCUUGGACCCCGAGGUUUCCCUGCGCACCCCUCGGGGAGACAACAACGCCAGCUCUUCUGCCAAAGAGUCAUCUCCAGGGAAUGAACAGGACGGGCAGGGGUGCGAUGCUCGAAGUGAUGAUGAGCCCUGCUCGGGCAGCAGAAAUUCUCCUCCGGGCAGCCAAAAUUCGCAUGGUCACUGUCAAGAUUCGUCUCUUAGGAAUAAGAGUUCUGCCGCUGCUGCUUCGCCUGCCAAGGCUGCUGAUGCUGGAGGUCUGGGAAGUCCAGGCUCGAAGCCUGGCCUCCGGAGAGCUGCCAAGGCUGAGGCCCAGGAUUGGAGCGAGGUUCGGCAGAGCCUGGGGGGCGAUUCUGGGGAAGGUGGUUAUGGGGAAGGUGGUUAUGGGGAAGAGGAAGCAGGCAGUGCAGAGGAAGGAACGAACAGGGGAGAUGCGACCCAGACACACGGUGCUUCGAGAGAGAGCGAUUCAGUGCAGGGUGAUGCAAAGGCAGCAGGGGCAGCAGAGGCAGCAGAGGCAGCAGAGGCAGCAGAGGAAGCAGAGGCAGCAGAGGCUGAGAGCAGCAGCAGCAGGUGGGCCAGGCGGAAGCUGAACCUGCGGGUUCACUGUGGGAGCAGUGGGUGCUAUGCUGCUGCCGUCCCGAGUGAUGCUGCUGCUGCCUCUGGACCAUCUACUGCUGCUGAUUGCAGCGCUGCCAAUUCUGGCGCGUCUGCUGCUACCAGUGCUGUGGUUGGUGCCCGUAAUGGUGCUGGUGCUGGUGUUGGGCCGGGUGGGGCCAGUUCUGGCGGGUCACUGGAGAGUGGACCCUGGUCUCGUCCGCUCAGUCUGAUCGAGUGGAGCACGAGUGACGUGUGCUCGUGGCUCAUCCACAAAGUGCCCUUCGCACAGGGCAACGGGCGAGAGUAUGCACAUGACUUUGACCAGCAUCAGGUAGACGGUCUCUCUCUUGUCGGGAUGACCCAGUCUCACCCCGCCCUCGCGCGCAUGCGCCUGGCCGACUACUCCCUCUUUGAAUCUGAACGCCGACACCUCGUAACCGCAGAGGCCGCAGCCCCUCCCGCCCCCCACCAACCACCGCCAUCAGCACAUCUGCCUCUCUCCGCCCUUGAUCUCUCCUCCGGUUCAAAUGCUUCCACUGCUGCUGCUGCUGCUGGUAAUUCUUUGUUGCGUGGUGGUGCUACGAGCAGCAGCGCCGGGAUUGGAAUGGGUGCAGUGCGGUGCGGGUCCGACCCCACCGCUCUCCUGCCGCACUUACCCAAGCAGUACUCAGUUAAGAGCCGGCACUUAGACGCCUCGUUUGACGCCGAUACUCCCUCUGGUCACAGCUGUCGAUCCUCCCAGCCCUCCCCCUCUGCCUGGUCGUCUCCCUCCUCUACAGCCUUCGUCCAACGAACCUCUAGUGGCAGUAGCUUCUGCUCCCUCCCUCCCCUCUCCUCCUCCUCCCUCUCUUCCUCCCACCACCCCUCCCACUUCUCCCACUCCAACCACCCCUUCCGCCACCGUCGCACCAGCAGCAUCGGCGCCUCAAUCGUAUCAGAUCUCCUACAGAAGAAGACAAAUACCGCCGGUGGGGCGGGGGACGGCCGGGCGGCAGCAGUGCAGUCCCCUGCUGCCCAGAUAAGCCGGCAGGGGAGCGGGGUGGUGGGGGCUGUGGGGGGGUGGUUCGCUGGUUGGGGCAGCAGGCAGGAGAGGCAGCAGGACUCGGAGGAAGAACGAGGGGGCGAGAGAGGCGUGGAGGACAAGCAAGAAAAGCGAAGGCACGGCGAGGAGGAGGAGGAUGAGGAGGGGGACGAAGGGGAGGAGGGGGAAGUGGUAGCAGCGGUAGUGGAGGAGGUGGUGUGCCUGAGAGGGGAGGUGACGGCAGCAGAGGAGAGGGAAUGCACUGUCAAAGCACAGCUCUGUCACUUGGACGAUCUUCUGAAGGAGUCUCUGCUCGUCGAGUACCUGCCAACCAGAACGAAAUGGGCAUCGGUGGCCAACGACCUGCCAGCACCUGCCACCGACAGCAGCAGUGAGGAGGAAUGGGUACCUCGCUUCGUAACUCUCACUCCCACCGACAUCGCCUGCUAUCUGCACGCCACCGACCUGCACCCGCAGAUCACCCUCCCCGUCGCCUCCAUCGCCUCUGCCGGCACCCUCUCGCUCACGCCUGUAGCACCGGCUGUAGUGCCAGCUGUAGCAUCAGCUGCCGCUGCUCGUGGAUCUGUCUCUUCUGCAACUGCUUCUUCUGUGUCGCCCCCUUCGCCAUCGGCCGAGUGGUUCGCCUUCCACGUCAUGACCAGCUAUGGGUUUAAACUGGAGUGCGCCACCCGCAGCUGUGCCAAGCUGCAGCUGUGGCUGGCAACCGUGCAUGAGGCCAUUGCCAAUGCUGGCGUCAACUCCACCACUGUGGGGAGCAGCAUCCCUCUGCCCCCACCCAACCUCACCUGCUCUUGACUUGGUAACGCAGGGGAUUCAAAGGCGACUCUAUAGCCAACCCUGGCUGGCAACAGUGCAUGAGGCCAUUGCCAAUGCUGGCGUCAAUUCCACCACUGUGGGGAGCAGUAUACCUCUGCCCCCACCCAACCUCACAUGUUCUUGAUUCACGGGCAGCAGCACGGACACCACAUCUCACCGCAUCACACCGCACCAUAUGCACGCACAUCAACGCCACAUCCCAUGCAUGAUGCCACACCAUACACGCGCGCAAAUCACCACUUUGCAUUGCAUGCAUGCAUGCACUGUUACAUGCACAGAUCCAUAGCACAUCACAGCACAUUACAUACAUACACUGAACCCAUCAAUGCGUUUGGUGACUGCUUGAAAGCAACUCCUUGUACAUGCACAUUCCCACAGUCAGGGUAGGGUAUGCCCCCCGGCUCACAUUCACACACUGCCUUCCACCAUAGGCAUGCCAUGCCAGGGAACCUGCUACAUGUGCGUGUGCAGGAUGUGGUGGGCAGGUGAUUGAUGGGCAUGGACCGAUGUAGCAGACUUCUCCACCCCAUUAGAACGAUAGGACCCUCCCUCAUUUCACACGAUAGUUGCCCUCGUUUCAACCAACCAUGAUGGCUGUGUGAAAAAUAAAGCUAGUUAAACAUAAUGGAAGUGCAGCUUGCACCCAACAUGCGGCUACAACCUGCAUCCCAACAGCUUGUUGCUUGAGGCUUGUGAGUACGAAUGGCAGCACCUCGUUCUUGGAAUAAACAAUUUUGCUACAU